AUGUCUGGCACAUUUACCUCCAUUCGAUCGCAGGCUUUGACGCUUGAAAAACAGACAGAGGGUCUCCUUGGUCGAUAUUCACGGUACCAGGAUGAUAACCAAGCCACUUCCGAUGAAGAAGAGGUGACUUUACGUCACCAAAUCACCGAUAUCUUGAAUCGACGCGAAGAAGUUUUACAAAAAUUACAACGAGUAACCGAUCCAGAAAUCAAUUCCCUCUCAACUUCAAAGCUCCAGCAGAUGCAGCGCCACAAGGAAGUGUUGGCAGACCACCAGCGAUCUUUCCGCAAAAUUGAGACCACAAUAGCCGACGAACGCAAUCGCAACAACUUGUUAUUUUCUGUUAGAUCGGACAUUGAUGCCCAUAAACAACGAACCACCAAUGUGGGAAAGUCUGGCGACGCGGCAGCCAACGACUACAUCUUGGAAGAGGGUGUAAGGGUCGACAAUGCCAACUCAUUUGCAGACCGGCUCUUGCAACAGGCAUAUCAAACCAGAGACGAACUUUACAGUCAACGAGCAUACUUGAGCAACGCUCAGCUGCGAAUGAUGAGCACGGUACAGCUGAUUCCGGGAAUCAACGUGUUGGUGCUGCGGAUUAAUACUAGAAGACGUAGAGAUACGUUGAUUUUGGCGACGGUAAUCGCCGUGUGCAUUUUGAUGUUGGUGUUUUUGUAG